AUGAACUCAACGGGCGUUCAGUCGCCGUCAGGGACAUGGUUUCCUCCAGUGGGCUACGUGCUGGGUCUCGCGGGUGUCUGGCUCGCAUUCAAGUUCCUAGAAGCUGUUUACAACAUCUCGCCGUUCCAUCCGUUGAGUACGAUCCCUGGACCAAAAUUAGCAGCAGCGACGUACCUGCCCGAGUUCUACUACGAUGUCAUCAAGUUUGGCUGCUAUACGAAGGAGAUUGGUCGAAUGCAUAAGGUUUAUGGACCUAUCGUUCGCAUCAAUCCCAACGAAAUCCAUUGCGAUGAUAUUCGCUUCGCAGAUGAGAUAUAUGCUACUGGUAGCCGAAAACGCGACAAGCCGGUGCACCAGGUUAACGGUUCUUCUAUCGCAGGAUCUGGCUUUGACACAACUGAUCACGACUUACAUAAAUUGCGUCGGGUCCCUUUGGCCAAAUUCUUCUCCAGGGCAAUGAUUACACGACUCGAACCUGAACUCCAUGCCCUGGUUCAAAAGCUCUGUGAUAAGCUACUGCAGCAAUCCGGUGAUAAUGAGCCAUUCGAUGUCGCCAUGGCAUACAGCUGCUUUACCUCAGACGCGAUAUCCAGUUACAGUUUCGGCGAGAGCUUCGGGUUUCUUGAACAGAAAGGAUGGUACCCAAACUUCCGAGAGCCAACAGCGUCCGUACUCAAGCCCGUCUUCGUAUUUCGCUUCUUCCCGUGGACCAAGGCUAGUGCUGCGCUUGCAACGACCUUUGUCAAUUAUUUGCCGAAGGAUAUCGCACUGAUGGUGCAGCACUUACAGAUCGAGAUGCCCGCGAAAGUUCUCAAAGCGAAGGCUGAUCUGGACGCCGGCAUAACAUACGACCGACCAACGAUAUUUGCUUCACUCUUACAAUCGGAUCUCGCUCUUGGGGAUAAAGGUCCGAAACGCUUAAGCGAGGAAGCACAGGCUGUACUGGGUGCCGGCACAGAGACUACUAGCUGGGCCUUGGCCGUGAUCACUUACCAUCUACUAACCAGGCCUGAAAUUCUCGCCAAGCUUACUCAAGAACUGGAAAAUGCUGUAGAAGACCCAUUACACCUACCUGGGUGGUCUAACCUGGAAACGCUACCAUAUCUCGGAGCAGUUAUCCAAGAGGGAUUGAGACUAUCUUAUGGCGUCUCUAGUCGUACUGCUCGUAUUCCAACUGAGGAGAAUCUACUUUAUCGUGGCGAACGGAACAAGAAGCCUGUCGAAUAUGUUAUCCCUAAAGGCUAUGCGAUCGGCAUGUCGGCUUACAUUACGCACCAUGACGAACGUGCUUUUCCCGACUCCUAUGCCUUCGCUCCUGAGCGAUGGCUGGAUGAGAAUAACCAGAGGAGAAAAGAGCCCGAGCGCAGUAUACUAUCCUUCUCGAAAGGUAGUCGCGCUUGCUUGGGGAAGAAUCUUGCUUUAUGCGAACUGAAUUUGUGUCUAGCUGCAUUGGUGCUGCGUGUGCUACCACACAUGCGAUUGUUUGAUACGACUGAAGAGGAUGUGGCAUAUGAUCACGACAUGUUCGUGCCCAUGACCAAAGACAAUCGAGGCGUGAGAGUAACAAUCGUUUAA